UCAACAUUAUUUUAAAAUAAUUCAUGUUUCUGUGUAGACAUACUCUCAGAAAGCAAUUUUGGGCAACUGCUCUUCUGCUCCGAAUGGUUGCAUUCUGACUUACUUCACUGUGUGUAGGUCCAUUGUUGUGGUUAUUGAGAAGACUGUUUUUGACUAUUCUAGCUCUUUUUAAAAUCUUCAUAGCAUUUCCAUGUCAUCUUAUAUUUGUUUCAUACUAGUAUGAGAAGAUGUUCUUUGUAGGAGGGGGAAAUAAAAAUCAUUUCAUUUUCUAGUUUUUCAGAGAACUGAAAAAAUGUCUGGAUUUCUUGAGAGCAUGAGAUGUUCAGAGUGUGUUGACUGGGGAGAAAAGCGAAAUACAAUUGCAUCUAUUGCUGCUGGUGUGCUGUUUUUUACAGGCUGGUGGAUUAUCAUAGAUGCAGCUGUUAAAUAUCCUCAUAUGGAAGACUUCAACCAUUCCUACCAUGCUUGUGGAGUUAUAGCCACUAUUGCAUUCCUAAUGAUCAAUGCAGUAUCCAAUGGACAAGUCCGUGGUGACAGUUACAGCGAAGGCUGUCUUGGGCAAACAGGUGCUCGCAUCUGGCUGUUUGUUGGUUUUAUGAUGGCUUUUGGGUCUCUGAUUGCUUCCAUGUGGAUCCUCUUUGGAGGCUAUGUUGUUAAAGAAAAACCACUAGUAUACCCAGGAAUAGCUGUCUUUUUCCAGAAUGCAUUUAUCUUCUUUGGAGGGCUGGUCUUUAAGUUUGGUCGCACUGAAGACUUGUGGCAGUGAAUGGGUCAGGGGAAGUGAGUCAGACCUAUGACUUUUUUUACUGCACUGACCUGAUUGGUUUUUGUUUGUUUGUUUGUAAUGCAAUUUUAUAGCUCUUGAAUUAUUGCUAAGGAUAAAAAUGAAAAUAUAAAAUCAUGAGGCAAUACAAUUUCCAUUUUCUGUUCUGUUUAAAACCGUUUUUUACUAUUGGCUGUUGGUUUUAAGUGUUGUAUCAUGUGAGUGAGAUGAAACGCUAAUGGAGAAAGUGUAACAAUGGAAAACACUCGUAUAUUUGUUACAAGUAAAUAUAGAGGAAAAUGUCUGUAUUUAACUAAAUGUUUUGCACUGUAUUUGAGGUCCAAAACUGCAAUUAAAAGUACUUUAAAACAA